AUGAGUAAAGAAAACAUUAGCCAUGACUCGGACGAAGAGCUGUCUUCAUACCUCAAAGACCCCGUCAUGGCAAAGUUUCUCUUAGACGUUUCUAAGGCUAUUUCGCAAGACCCUGGCUUGCCUCGUCCCAAUCCCACGGUGUCUUCCUGGCAGGUUCCCGCACACCCUAUCGCAUCGAUUCAGUCGCCCACACUACCGCAGCGGACGGAUUUUGCCGUUAUUGGUUCCGGAAUCACUGGCUGCAGUGUCACUAAGACGCUCUUGGAGCACCACGCCGCCGGCGCAUCUCAUGUUACGGUUCUAGAGGCCCGAGACCUUGUCAGCGGAGCAACAGGUCGUAACGGCGGCCACCUUGUCACAGCAUCCGGGCAUACUUUCGGUCCGCUGGCGAAGAAGCAUGGUAUUGAGGCCGCGAAGCAAAUCACUCGUUUUAGUAUUCUCAACAUCGACCAUGUUAUGAAGAUGGUGAGAGAAAUGGACCUGGACCUGCAAGAGCAGUGUGAGAUUCGUAAUGUUCGCAAGGUCAUGGCUGUUGGGGAUGAAGAAACAUGGGCUGCAGCAAAAUCCUCGGUUUUGGACUUUCAAAAGGCUGUUCCGGAGCAUAAGAGCUAUCAUCGAAUCAUCGAGAAAGAUGACGUACCGGAAAGGUGGAACAUCAAGAACGCUUCGGGAGCCGUUGAGCACGAAGCUGGUGCCAUCUGGCCCUACCGUCUACUCACGGGUAUUUAUGAGCGCCUGCUCAAGAAGCACCCUCAACGUCUCGCCAUCGAAGCCAACACGCCAGUUUUGCAUGUCGAAUUCUGUCCUGAGUCUGACCCGCAGCACCCCUACAAGAUUACCACAGCGCGGGGCACUAUGCGUGCAAAGAAGGUCAUUCAUUGCACAAACGCAUACGCAUCACAUUUGCUCCCACGCUUGGCGGGUCGUAUCUAUCCCUUCCGGGGUACCAUGUCUGUGCAAAAGCCUGGGCCAAGUCUGCAAAAUCUGGGAGGUUCGAGGUCUUGGAGCUUGUCCCAUAAGUCUUCAUUGGAUGCGAAAACUGGCUUUUAUGACACAGGUCUUUACUAUCUUCAGCAGAAUGCCUUGACUGGUAGAAUCUGGAUAGGCAACGAGACAGCGUAUAUGAAAGAUAUUCUAACUUCGGACGACACAUAUGUCCCUGAUGAGGCAAGAUUUGCUUUGUCUACGGUACUCCCAAAACUGUUUCUUGAAGGCUGGGGAUCCAAGACCACGUCGGAGGUGGAAGCUAUCUGGUCGGGAAUCCAGGGACAUACCGCAGAUGGCUUGCCGAUUGUUGGGCAGGUUCCCGACUCCAUCCUAGGAAAUGCCAACGACAAUGGGCAAUGGAUUGCGGCCGGGUUCAACGGCUAUGGAAUGGACAAAUGCUGGCUUACAGGAGAGGCUUUGGUCCGAAUGAUUUUUGGAGAAGAUGUUAGCGAUUGGUUUCCUCAAGCUUUUCUUGUAACGGAUGAGCGGCUGGGAACUGAGCUUACUUCUGAUAAAACACUACUCAAGUUUGCCCAGAUUGCGCUUCCAGGAGGUGUCAGGAGAGAAAAGCUUUGA